UCACGGCAGAUCAAGAACGGCCUCGUAAAGCCCCCUCCCAGCCGCAUAAUAGUCUGAGCACCUCGUGGGCCGCCGAGCGACCGCUGUUGCUUUUCUCCACUGGGGGAGGAGGGCGGGAAGGAUCUGUCCUUCCCACCCACUUUGGCAAACACUUGCCUAGUUUUUGCCACGCCACGGAAGUCUCUCGCAGGGCGCCUCCUUCUCCGAAGCGGGCUAGGGCGCAGCAAGUUCGACGUGGAUCCUCCGCCGCCCGCUGCUGCCCAGGCCUUGGACUCCGUGCAGGCGGCCUGUUGUCCGCCCGCCCGCCCGCCUUCUCUCCUUUCCCUCUCCGUUCUGCCCCCUCCCGCUGGGCUGAGGCUCGCCCGGGGCUCGCCGGGCGGCGCGCUCGCAGUGCGCAGUGCCUCUGCAGCGACAGCAGCAGCGGGAGGAGCAGGCGGCUCGCUCGGGGCUGAAGCAGGCUGGGCAGCAGCGACAGCAACGAGAACGGCGGCAGCGGCAAGAGCAAAAGAGCAAGAGCGGCUCCUCCCCCUCCUCCUCUCCCCCCCCCCCGUUCUCCCCUUCGGACUCCCGCAGGCAGGAUGGUGGCCGUAGCCCUGCAGCCCUCUGCGGGCCGCGGGGCGGGUCUGUAGCUGGUUCGGGGUGGUGCCCUUUGCAGCAAUCGGGAGCCGGAGGCGCCGGGCGCCGGGCGCAGCGCAAAGCGCCCGUGCGCCCCUAUUCCUCUCGCUCUCCAUGGACGGGGGAGCGGGAGGUGGCCCCGGGGUGCCCGGCUCCGAGAGCCCCAAUCGGGCCGUGGAGUACCUGCUGGAGCUCAACAACAUCAUCGAGAGCCAGCAGAAGCUGCUGGAGACCCAGCGGCGCCGGAUUGAGGAGCUGGAAGGGCAGCUGGAGCAGCUGAGCCAAGAAAACCGGGACCUGCGGGAAGGGGACAGAGACAGGGAUCGGGACCGGCACCGGGACCGGGACCGAGACGGGCAGUACCACCACAAGGAGAGGGACAGCCACUACCAGAACCGAACGGACCGAGACGGGCAGUUCCAGAGCCGUACCGACCGGGAGGGACAGUACCAGAACCGGGAAGGGCAAUACCCGAACCGUUCCGAUCGAGAUGGGCAGUACCAGAACCGCGAGAACCGAACUGAGCGGGACGCUCAGUACCAGAACCGAGCAGAUCGGGAGAGCCAGUAUCAAGGCAGAGCAGACCGAGAAGGGCAGAGCCAGUAUCAGAACCGGGACAAGGAGCGAGAUCUACAGCACUACGGGAACCGGGAUGGGCAGUAUCAGAACCGGGAGAGCCACUACAGGGAACCCUGCCAGCUGCAUCGAGACCGGCCCCCGCAGUGCCAUCAGACCCGAGAGAAGGAGCAUGAAUACCCCCGGCCACCCCGGGAACGGGAGAGGGGGCAGCUGAGCCGUGGGGCAUCGCGGAGCUCCAGCCCAGGAGCAGGAGGUGGCCACAGCACCAGUGCCAGCACCAGCCCGGCCACUACUCUGCAGAGAAAGUCGGAUGGAGAAAACUCAAGAACUGUCAGGUCGUCCACGUGUCCCACUCUGCACCAGUACUGCUGCUCUGCUCAGUCGCUUCUCCACUCGCAGCUAGCUUCCCCUGCCAGGCACACAGGCUGCAGUGUGGAAGGAGACCCCCCAGGGAGUGAAGCAGGAACGAUAGUGGACAGUUUGGGCAGCCAGCCUCCCUACCGCUGUGCCCCCGAGGUGGCCAAGGUUGAGCACUACGAUUUGGCCCCCUCCUCCUCCUCCUCCUCUGUCUGCCAUACUCCAUCACCAGGAAUACCGUGGGCUCAGCGCGCUCGUCUGCAACCUGCCAGCGUGGCGCUGAGGAAGCAGGAAGAGGAGGAGAGCAAGCGCUGCAAGGCCUUGUCAGACAGCUAUGAACUCUCGACAGACCUUCAGGACAAAAAGGUGGAGAUGCUGGAGCGGAAGUAUGGGGGCUAUUUCCUAAGCCGGCGGGCAGCUCGCACCAUCCAAACAGCCUUCCGCCAAUACCGCAUGAACAAGAAAUUUGAGCGGCUACGCAGCUCGGCAUCUGAGAGUCGCAUGUCACGGCGCAUCAUCCUCUCCAACAUGCGGAUGCAGUAUUCCUUUGAGGAGUACGACAAGGCCCAGAAUGCCCCUUACUUUGAAGGCAAGCCUGCCUCUCUGGAUGAGGGGACCAUGGCCAGCGCUCGCCCUCAUCUGCUGGACCGUGGUCUACCCUAUGGUGGCUCCUGCCGGGUUGGCUUGGACGGCAACUCCCUCCAUUCCUCUUCCGGAGGCUUCUGCAAUGACAUCACUGAGCUAGAGGACUCCUUCUCCAAGCAGGUGAAGUCUUUGGCUGAGUCCAUUGAUGAAGCUCUGAACUGCCACCCGCUGGGGCAGGAGGGAGGGCCGGGAGGCCCUUCUUUGGAGAAGAGCGAGUCAAAGGAACAGCAAGGAGACAGUGCGGCCACUUCUUUCAGUGACGUAACCCUGUACCUGGACGAAGGAGCUCCCACGUCACCUCUCUCACUAGAACGCCCUCCCAGCACUGAGCCGCCUGAGCCCAGCGGAGGAGGAGUGCCGGUCCCACCUCCCCCACGGCCAGAGUAUUGGGGUGGGCCCCAGCGGGAGGACAGCCGGGAGAACGGGGGUGGGAGUCGGCGCAGUACGCCUUGCAUGGAAUGCCGGGACUACCGACUGCGAGGGGCCCACCUCCCCCUGCUCACCAUUGAGCCUCCCAGUGACAGCUCCGUGGACCUCAGUGACCGCUCCGACCGGGGCUCUCUCAAUCGGGGCCUCGUCUACGAGCAAGACGGUUGCAGCCCCCACGGCACCCUCAAGCAUCCUGGCGGGCCCACCCGCUCCCCACACCCACACCGACAUUAUCACCCUGAAAAAAGCCAGCCGCCGCCUCCACCUCUCCCUAUGCCCCCUCCUCAGGCCCCUGGCCGCCUGCCCCCACCCCCUCCUCCGGACAACUCGGACGGGGACAACGACAGCCUCAACAGCACCACCAAUUCCAACGAGACCAUCAACUGCAGCUCGGGCUCCUCCUCCCGCGACAGCCUGCGCGACCCUCCCCCGCCUGUCCCAGCCGCCACCUCAGCCCCUGGGGGGCCCUGCAAACAGACCUACCAGCGGGAGACACGGCACAGCUGGGACUCGCCUGCCUUCAACAACGAUGUUGUGCAGCGCCGCCAGUACCGCAUUGGCCUCAAUCUCUUCAACAAGAAACCAGAAAAGGGGAUCCAGUAUUUGAUCGAGAGGGGCUUCCUAUCGGACACACCAGUUGGCGUGGCACGCUUUAUUCUGGAACGAAAAGGUCUGAGCCGGCAGAUGAUCGGUGAAUUUCUCGGCAACCGGCAAAAGCAAUUCAACCGGGAUGUUCUUGACUGUGUGGUAGAUGAGAUGGAUUUCUCCAACAUGGACCUGGACGACGCUUUACGGAAGUUCCAGUCUCACAUCCGGGUGCAGGGCGAGGCACAGAAGGUGGAGCGCCUCAUUGAGGCCUUCAGCCAGCGCUACUGUGUAUGCAAUGCCCCUUUGGUGCGGCAGUUCCGAAAUCCAGACACCAUCUUCAUCCUGGCUUUUGCCAUCAUCCUUCUUAACACCGAUAUGUACAGCCCUAGUGUCAAGGCAGAGAGGAAGAUGAAAUUGGAUGACUUCAUCAAGAACUUGAGAGGAGUGGACAAUGGUGAGGACAUCCCCCGUGAUCUACUGGUUGGGAUUUACCAGCGGAUUCAGAGCCGAGAGUUGCGCACCAAUGAUGACCACGUGUCUCAGGUCCAAGCGGUUGAACGCAUGAUAGUGGGCAAAAAGCCGGUACUCUCACUGCCUCACAGACGCCUGGUUUGCUGCUGUCAACUCUAUGAGGUGCCUGACCCCAAUCGGCCCCAGAGGCUUGGGCUGCACCAAAGAGAGGUCUUCCUCUUCAAUGACCUGUUAGUGGUGACAAAGAUAUUCCAGAAAAAGAAGAUCCUUGUGACCUACAGUUUCCGCCAGAGCUUCCCGCUUGUUGAAAUGCAGUUGCAGCUCUUCCAGAAUUCCUAUUAUCAGUUUGGGAUCAAGCUACUCUCGGCUGUUCCCGGUGGAGAGAGGAAAGUCUUAAUCAUCUUCAACGCCCCCAGCCUGCAGGACCGAUUGCGCUUCACCAGCGACUUGAGGGAAUCCAUUGCGGAAGUGCAAGAGAUGGAGAAAUACCGUGUGGAGUCGGAGCUGGAGAAGCAGAAAGGAGUGAUGCGCCCCAAUGCCUCCCCCUCUUCUGGGCCCAAGGACACAGUCAACGGGACACUGACUCGCAGCAGCCUGGAGGAUGCUUACACGGUGGGAGAAGGGCUGAAGCGAAGUGCCCUCAGCAGCUCCCUCCGUGACCUCUCCGAUGCUGGCAAGCGGGGCCGCCGUAACAGCGUGGGAUCCUUGGACAGCACAAUUGAAGGGUCUAUUAUUAGCAGCCCACGUCCCCACCAGCGAGUGCCGCCGCCGCCACCUCCUGAGGAGUACAAGCCGCAGCCUCGCCCCCCCUCAAACUCGUCCUCUUUUCUGGGCUCCCUCUUUGGCAGCAAGCGUGGGAAGGGCCCCUUCCAAACACCCCCCAGCCAGGCCUCCGCCUCUUCCUCGUCGGCCUCCUCCUCCCACCACCACCUCCCCCAGCUGCACCCUCACCACGGCCACCCGCCCCUCCCGGACGUCAGCCAGUCGAAGCUGCAGGCCCUGCAUGCCCAGUACUGCCACGGCCCCUCCGCCCAGCCCCCGCCCCCCUACCCCCAGCAGCCCCCUCCGCCCCAGCAGCCGGCCCCGCCCCCGCCCCCACUCGCCCUCCCGUCCAACCCUUUGCCGCCUCAGGUCCAGCGCUACCACCACUCCCAGCAGCCCCCCCUCUCAGCCCCACCCCAGAAGCAGGCUGUGCCUGCCUUUCCCACCCCGCAGCCUCACCACCACUACACUCUGGGCCGGCCCAGCCAGCAGAAACGUGCCCACCAGAUGGCGGCGGCGGCAGCGGCGGCGGCUGCUGUUGGCCAGCACCCUCCCUUCCCUCAUGGGCGCCAGCCCACCUCGCCACUGCCCCUCUACAGCCCGGCCCCCCAGCACGCCCUUGCACACACGUACCCCCAGCAGCUGCAUCAGCCUGGGGGUGGUGGGCAGCACACCCUUCACAGGCAGCAGGCUCCAAAGCACUUUAUCUUCAGCCAUCACCCCGCACAGCUCCUACAGCGGCCUCCUCCGCCCUCUGGUGUGGGGCCCUACCCCGGGCACCAUAGCCACCCUUCUCAGCAGCAUCACGGCCAGCCCCCGAUGCCCCCUCCUCACUCGCCAAUUCCACCCCAUCCUUCCUACCCACCCCUGCCCCCUCCAUCACCCCACACUCCCCUCAGCCCUCAUUCUCCAGCUGCCCCCACCUCCCCACUUCCCCAGCACAUCCCCAUGCAUCAAGGAGGGCCUCCAGCCAUGCCUUCUCAAGGGCCCCCGAACCCCAAACCGAAACUGGUCAACAGAAUCAGCACCGUUGUGUGAGGAAGAUCGCCGCCAUGGGAUUGACAGUUAUAAAUAUAUAAAUAACCGAGCGAAGGGCCUCCCUCGUCCCAGCUGAGGUGGCGGGGCAGGGGUGGAGGUCAGGAGGGUAUCUAGACUUUUAGGGCCAUUUCCCCCUUCCUCCUUCCCUCCCCACUCCACCCUACCCCUCUUUUCCUAGAAUCAGAACUGAGAGAGGGCACCCCUUGGAACAAGCGCUGAGAAGGAUGCCAUCUGGACCUCCAGUACUGCUCGUGGCACUCGCUUCGUGGCUUGAGGGGGCUCUCUCUCCCUGCAGAUGGCCCCCUUUCGGUUGGAAAAGGAGGCAUCUGCAGACCCGUCUGCCUUUUUUUGCCAAGGCAGGCAUUAAAAAAGUGGUGUGGAGGGAAGCAAAACUGUUUUGUCUGGACUGGUGAGGAGUAUUGCCACACUUGCAGAAUUUCCCAGUUCGGUUUUUCUCUAAAUGUACCACAGAAGGAGAUGGACUGGUGUCGCUUCCUAGCCUGUCUGCACAUCUAGUUCACAUAAAUGGCACAGGAGAUGGUCAAAUGGUGCCUGGACCGUAUCCCUUUAGACUGAAGGUGGUGAUGGAAUUGCUUUGACGGAAUGGUUCUUCAUAGUAAAAGGUCUUCCUGGGCACAGAAAGCCAGCUGCUGGAGGAGGAGUCUAGCCUCGCCUCCCAGAUUACACAAGGGGCAGGGCGGGGCGGGGGGUGUAUAGGGGCAGGUAGUAUUAUUUCAUUCAUGGCAAAGAACUUAGCUAUGCAGUUCCACCCCCCAAUAGUCUGAAAUGGUGCAGUCCAGGAACAGUUUAUCCACUCCAUCUGCUUUUUGCAGGAAGUAGAGUGCUCAUGCACUCUUGUGCCCAGACCCUCGUGAAGGUUCUCAACAGGUCACAUGAGCCACAGAGUGCGUUUUGUAUUUUUAUAUGUUCGUCCUUUCCUUGCAAGGCACCAUCAUAGAUGCCGCUAAGGCGAUUGCCGUUUCUUUUGCUCUUGGAGUCAGUCUGUGCACAAACAUUCGCCCACCUGUGCAAAAUGAAGGGCCUUCUCUCUGUGAAAUGUUCACCAAGUAGCAGGUAGUCCAGGUGGCUACCUCCUGUGUGUCUUGUUUACAAAGCAGGAGGCUGUUUUAUCAGCCCUGCCCAAAGAGCGUUGCUUUCUGCUGGGAAGGAUGACCAAAGGAGAGCCUCUUGCUGUUGUCUUCUUCAUACCAAACCUUUUCAAGGAUCUGGUUGCCCUCGUUGUAGUACUUGGCUGCUUAUCAAUUGGACGCUCUUUGCCUCCAAUAACAAAUGAAUGUUUAAAAUGAUGCCAGAGAUGAAAGAUCGAGGCCAGAAGGCCACUUGUGGUCUGAGAGUGGCACCACUUUUCACACUUGAGUUUCGAUGCCAGGAGAGAGGGUAAGCAGGCCUCGAUAUUGCACUGCACUCUUAAGUGGCCAUGAUCUGUCAAGGAGUUGCCCAAAGGCAACUCUGAACCAGCAGCAGCCGAUAAGCCCAGCUGGCCAACUUGAGGCUCUCCAGCUGAUUGCAACGUCUUGUGGCUGAGGACAGGCGAUGGAAGUUGUAGUGCCCACAACAACAGAGAGCCUCAAGUUGGCCACUUUUGCAGUAAGCGUUGGAAUGAUGUGCGUGGGGCCGAUUGGAUCUCUUAGAUGCAGUUCUCAGACUGAUCUGCUUCCUGGAGUAGUGCGGAAGAAGCUGCUGCUUCCCUAAAUCCAGUCCCUGUUGAGCUGACCCUUCUGCUGUCAUAUCAGUGGUUCAUCUGCUCCAGUACUGCCACUGGCCAUAGCAACAGCCCCGCAGGAUUUUAUAGUGGCUUCUGAUGUGCCUUUUUUUUUUUUAAAAGUCGGCACUUGGUCUGCUUUGCCCAUGCUCGUACGCACUCUCUCCAUUAUGAGUUCACAGGUGGCAGAACUGAACCUGGUCAAACCGGGUGAGCCCUGAGGCAACCUGAUUUGAAUUUUUAUUUUUAUAUUGUUAAAUUUAUAUACCGCCUCACAUUAAAACAAUCUCAAGGCGGAAUUAAAACCUGAUGGGAAGGCAGUCUCUUUCAGCUAGAGAGCCAUCUCCCCUCUGCCAUGCCAUUGGCAUCAUGCUUCCUUCCAUGCUGAUUGCACAUGCCAGACAUCUGUGCAGUCUGCCCCGCCCUACUUUUUUUUCUAGGGGGAGACUUGCAGCUACUGAGCCCCUAUGCAAUUCAGCACAGAGUGCUCUGCUCAUACAUGACAUCUUCAGCACGGGGAGAAGGAGGGCGGACCACUUUUCUACCACAGAACGCCACCCUGGUAGGUAUCUGAACUGGGGCCUGGACGCACACACGCAGUGGUCUUAGUCAAUGGACAGUGGACUCCCUUUUGCCAUUGAGCCUGUUCAAUCUAGAGAUGUGUUCAGUCUGCUUUGUUAUCUAGCACCAAUGUGGCAACAGCUGCUAAACACUCUGUUCCAUUUCCUAGUGUUUGUUGGAGAUGGGACUGGUGGCGGUGUGUGUGUGUGUGUGUGUGUGUGUGUGUGUGUGUGUGUGUGUGUGUGUGUGUGUGUGUGUGUUGCGCUUUAGAAAGAGGUGGGUGCUUGUGGCUGGCCUUUCCUCCUGGGCAGUAGCAGAGGGUUGUGAAAAGCUGAAUUAGUCACUCGGCGACAGGCUGGGAACCUCAGUUGGUGCCAAACAGCUGCAAAGCAGUGCUGUAUGUCCGUGGGUGCAGUUUGCAGAAACAAACCGGGGUGGUGGUGGUGGUGUUACCUUUCCUUUGCCUGCUGCUGUUUCCUUCCACCUUCUCCUCCCAAGCCACUUUCCCCUGCACCUGGAUGUCAGAGCCAUGCUUCUCACAUGGUAGGGAAACGCAGGGAGGAGGGGGCUCCAGGGGGGAGAGUGAAGACUAAGGGAAGGGUUGAGCAGCCCCCACCCCCUCUGCUGCUUCACUGCAGGUGGACCCUCCCUGUAGCUCUUGGACAGCUACUGGGUGUGCCCUGCGCAUUUGGCCUGUGGCAGCCACCAUCCGUCACAUGGGCCGCAGGGCUUGGCUUAGACUGGUGUCUGUCUAGUGGCCGCAUGGAAAUACUGGGAUGGCAGAAGCCCCUUUCCUUGCCCGGCAGUUGCAGACUUGGAGGGCUGUGCAUGUGCUCAGCUGGGGAGAAGUGCGGGUCCCUUGCCCAGGUGGCCCUGCUUGUCUCUACGCUGCCCCCAAGGGCAGGGCGUCUGACAGCAGGUAGCUUGCUUUACAGCAAAAGGCCAUGGAGUUCCAUGGUGCUGUGUGUGCACAGGCAGGACAGCAGGGCAGGGCCCUGCCUCAAAGCCUCGUGCAUAUUUGGCUUUCUGGACAACUCUGGCACACUUUUUAUCCCUAUCCCUGGCCCUGCCCCACCCCAGUCUGCAAGGACUACUAAGGAUUUCCCUGUUGGAAAAAACUACUUAUAUUCUUGUAAGUAGCAUCUUCCUCUGAUGACCUCGCCUCCCACCCCCCAGCUGUUUCUUUGUUCCUUAGGCGGGACAAAGGGCCCUCAUUCAUCCAUGGGGUUGGGGGUAGGGGCCUCCAGUGCUCCCAGGGGUUGGGGUGGGGAGGCUCUCUUUCUUUUUAAUUUGCACAGAGUUGUGAGUUGCUGUUGUUUACAUUAAGGGAAGGAGAGAAGCCAGGAUGGAUGUUGGGCUAUGUGGGGAAACGACAGGUCCUGGGGUUUAUUGAGGCAUGCAGGGGGAGGGAAAGUGGCUUGCCCUCUCAGUUCCUUUUCAUAAAGGGCUAUUCCUCCUCCCUCCCCUCCCCUCCCCUCCCCACCCCACCCCACCCCAGCCAUGGGGUUUGCACUGAAUACAUUUUAAAAGGGAGGGGGUUAUCUAUUCCCUGGCUUUGAAGCUCACACUCUCUCAUCAGAUUGGGGGUGGGGGAAAGAGGGGCAGGAUGCCAUUGUCUGACCUGAAUGGCUCUUUCAGCCUCUCAGUAUGUGCCUCUGUCUGGAGAUGAUGGGGGGCAGGAAAGCCACUGGUUCCUUGGGAGCUCAGAUGCACUUUAACCCCUACUUCCCCAACCCUUUCUUUUCAGAAAAAGACAGGAUCUGUCUCCUGUCCUGAACCACCCCCAUGGGCUCACCCAGGCCUAACCUCUUCUCUUGCCUUACCUUGCCUUCCUUCCCCCAAGGUGUUCUCUUGGCCAGCCACCCACCCCUCUCCUAAUAUAGUUAGAGUAGGGUCUCUUAGAUUUUGUCACUCUGGCUUUAGGCAAAGGGAUAUGGGAUUGCCUUAAGGCUGCCAGAUUGUGAUUUCAAAAGAGUAAUAUAUAUAUUAAUAAUAUGGUAGAGAUGCAUGAGUUAUGGUGCCUGAUUGUAUAUUUGUAGGAAGAUGUUGGGUUUGAAUGGAAGAAAGGAUAUUCUUUUAAUGCCUACUUAAAUUUUAAAGCGGUCUCCCCCAGAUGUCUGAGAGCAGGGACACACUAUUUUUCUAAAUUUAAAUGGGGAGGGUGUACUCAGAACAGCGACUUGCACAGAGCAGCACUGGGCAUUCUCCUCUGGUGAGCUAUUCUCGCAUGUUUCUGCACUAGGAAGAGAGACCCAUCAGCUUGAGCUGCCGAUAGGAAGGAUGUACAGCUAGAGCCUCAGAGGCCUUUUUAGAAUUUCUCACUGUGCUGUAAGCAGCUCUCUCAUGUCACAGUAGUGUACACCAGCCCACUGUUGAGAAACUACUGCUCUAAAGCAAGCCAGCUCCACAAGAGGCAGAAUUUCUGGCCUCCAGAUCUUCAGGGGAGGGGGAAGAGUAAGAGAGGACCAGUUAGUUGAGGGUUCCAGGAGGUUCAUGGGGUCACAGAUUCUAGGCCCAGCCUGGAUGCUCCAUGCUUCACUUUCUUCACCCUCCACUAACUGAUGGAACUCCAGAACCCAUGAGGGAACCCAGGAGUCCUACCUGCAGCUGCAGGCAGGUGGAGGUGGUGGUUUAGGCCUCGCUGUAGCUGCUCCUAGUUCCCCCCUGCAAUGUCCUGGGCUUCCCCCCUCCCCAUCCCAUGUCAGGUCUUCCUACCCUGUGCCCCACCCCCCAGCAUGCACUUUGUCCCUACCCUGCACUGCACUUCCUGUGUUGGGUUUGUUGCUGUACAGAGAUUCCUGUGUAUAUACUAUAUAUUAUAAAUAUCAGUCUCUAACAGGGGGGGUUGGCCUCCAGCCCAUGUGUUUUCUGUGGCAUGGGCCUCCCCUGACCCCUCCUCCCACAGCUCAUGGCUGGAGGUCUCCACACUGACUGUAUUUUUGGUUCCUUACCUUUUCCCUCAACUCUGGUCCACUUUGUACAUAAGAAAUUGUAUAUUUGAUGCUUCAUAAAUUGACCAAAUGUCCUUGCUGUGUGAAGAA